AUGGCCCCCCGCCUCAGGUCCUCGUCAGCGCCCCCAUCCCCCUCAAUCCUCGGACCUCACCCCAGUCUCCCUCCACCUUCGGACCUCAUUCCCACGCCUACGCCCCCUGAGCCGACCAUCGCAUCGCCACCACCGCCUCCGCCUCUGAGCUCCACUGGUUGGCCUUCUCUACAGCUCGGUAACAGGUCUACUUCUUGUCCUCCCUCAAAUUCUGUUCCUAGAUCAGUUCUAGUGAAGUCAGGUUCCUCCACCGGGGUAGAAUUUGCUGAUGCAAAGGUUGAUAGCAACCCCCAAAUUUCCUCUCCUGCCGAGCCUCUGGCUGGAGUUAUUGGCCCCGAUUCAAGAAAGCCCGGUUCAUUGGUACAACAGCAGACAUCAACAACCUGGAGUAAGAAACUGUUUGCUCCUCCUCGGAGACUUAAACGAAUGGGAACCCCAGGGGUUCAUGUAUCAGGAGCCCCGCUCAUCACAAUCCCGGAAGAAGCAAUAAAGGAGUCAACCGAAGAAUGGUCUGAAUUCCUGAUUGGACAGUUCUACGGUCUACCGCCAACCAUGGGACGAAUUAUUGGGAUAGUGAACGCGUUGUGGACCCGGGGAGGCCCCCGUAUCCGAGUCCAGAAUGUUGGCAACGGCACGUAUUUGUUCAAGGUGACUAAUGCAGCAGCUAGGGCUUACAUCCUUGCUCGACAGUUCUGGUAUGUCGGGCAAUGCCCAAUGUAUGUUACUGCUUGGAAUCCUUAUCACAAUCCGGAAAGACCCCCGAUGAGAUCCGUCAACACUUGGGUGUCCUUCCGCAAUGUCCCUCAGACAUUAUACAAUACAGACUGUCUAAGCAGGAUUGCUACGAGUAUCGGGGAGCCUCUAUACAUGGACAGACAAACGGAGGCUAAAGAGAAUGUAUCGCUUGCCCGUAUCUACGUUGAAGUCAGCCUACAAAACCCCCUGCCGAGACGAAUAGUGGUCAACCUUCCAUGCGGAACUGAGAAAUCCAUAGAUGCAUCUUAUGAUUGGCUUCCCCCGCAAUGCAAAUCCUGCUCAGAAGUGGGCCACAACGCAUCCCAUUGCCCGAAAAUACCAGGUGUCACUCGACCAAGGAGAGUAGAACCGAGCAAGAAUGCAGUCCCUCUGGAAGAUCAGACCCCGACUGACCUGAAACAGCACCAAGACUUAACUCAUAUUACAGAUCCGAAAGAGCUCAUAACCAACUGUGCAAAAGGACAGGGAAUGCAACCUCCUACUAGUCCUUCUGCCCAGCAAGAGGUAAUGGAUAGUAAUCUGCAGAGCUGCCAGGAUCCAGCAAUUGAGCUACCUUUAGCGCAGCCCCAAAGCCCAAUAAAUGCUCAGAUUUCAAGCCCAACCAAGCCUAUAGAUGAUAGGCCGAUGGUAAAGAGCAAGGACAAUGAACAACGCGCUCUGAGGAAACCUACCUCUCUGGGCAAAACAAAAGGCGAGACAAGCUCAAAUCAGGUACAGACCAAAGGUCGUGGCCGGCGGGCCAUGAGAGGAAACUAA